ACCAUGGGCGCUGCUGCUGGGAGCAAGUCUGUGCUUGACACAUGUGUUUCCCAUUGAUAGCUGGAGACAGCCCAGUGGCUUGGAGUUCGCCUGACAAAGCUGUAUUGAAGUACAGACAGAGUACGGUUUCAAAGCAGUCAGAAAAAGAACGGGAAUGCUGUUCAGGAAAUUCUUCAGGCAUGGGCAGGGACUUGGCUGCAGUUCUACAGUUGGAAAAUCUGACUGGGGCAGCUUCUGAACGCAGGCUGGGCCUGCUCACACUCGGCAGGCUGAGCGGCCGCCUCCUUCAGAGCCUCUGCGCGCUCGGGGACGCUGGGCGAUUUUCAUCAGCCGCUUUGGGAAGCACACGAGGGAGAUGCCUCAGGAACAAUACACACACCACCGGAGCACCAUGCCCAGCUCCGAGGGGCCACAGGUAUACAAGGUGGGCAUUUAUGGCUGGCGGAAAAGGUGCCUGUAUUUCUUUGUCCUACUCCUGAUGAUUUUAAUACUGGUGAACUUGGCCAUGACCAUCUGGAUUCUCAAAGUCAUGAACUUCACAAUUGAUGGAAUGGGGAAUUUGAGAAUCACAGACAAAGGUCUAAAACUAGAAGGAGACUCAGAAUUCUUGCAACCUCUCUACGCCAAAGAAAUCCAGUCCCGACCAGGUAAUGCCCUAUACUUCAAAUCAGCCAGAAAUGUUACAGUGAACAUUCUCAAUGACCAGACUAAAGUGCUAACUCAGCUCAUCACAGGUCCAAAAGCUGUAGAAGCUUAUGGCAAAAAGUUUGAAGUAAAGACAGUUUCUGGAAAAUUGCUCUUCUCUGCAGAUAACAAUGAAGUGGUGGUAGGAGCUGAGAGAUUAAGAGUUUUAGGAGCGGAGGGCACAGUGUUCCCUAAAUCUAUAGAGACACCUAAUGUCAGGGCAGACCCCUUCAAGGAACUAAGGUUGGAGUCCCCGACCCGGUCUCUUGUGAUGGAGGCCCCCAAAGGAGUCGAAAUCAAUGCAGAAGCCGGCAAUAUGGAAGCCACCUGCAGAACUGAGCUGAGGCUGGAGUCCAAAGAUGGAGAGAUUAAGUUAGAUGCUGCGAAAAUCCAACUACCUAGACUGCCUCACGGAUCCUACACGCCUACAGGAACGAGGCAGAAGGUGUUCGAGAUCUGCGUCUGCGCCAAUGGGAGAUUAUUCCUGUCCCAGGCAGGAACUGGUUCCACUUGUCAGAUAAACACAAGUGUCUGCCUUUGAGAGACCAUCCAUAGCGGACAUUGUCGGCAGCAUAAAGGCCGUUUUUGUCUUUAGAUACUGGCUGCCAGCUAUUUUUACUAGAACACAGAAAGCCUAUCAAAGACCAUGUGUGUGUGCACACGUGCGCAUAUGCGUGUGUGUGUGCGCGUGCAUGUGUGUGUGUAUGUGUGUGUGUAUGCGUGUGGGUGGAUAUAAAUAUAUAUAAAUAUAUAAAUAAAUAUAUAUAUCCUCUGUAUAAAAUGAGGUUUCAGUACAAAAGGAACCAUGGGUGACCCUGUGAUAUCCACCAUCAUUUCCAUGUCAACCCCACCACCUACAUGUUAAGAUCAAAAUACUGAUUCAAGCCCAAUAUUCCCCAAACCCUUCAAAAAUCACACAGUGUAUUGGACACUUACCGAAUAUUCACCGAUAUGUUUGAGGAGCCACGUUAUCUUCCCCUUUAGUGUCAUUACAGGGCAGUGAUGGCGGGAAUCUCCAAGUCACGCUCAAGCACUGAGACCUCAUAUUGAAAUAGACAUUUCGUUUCCAUUUUUAGCUUUAGGAAGGCUGGCCCACUCUCCCCUCUUCAAGUGAGGGAUGGGGUAGUGCCAUAGAAGUCAGCUGUAGGAACACAAAAUGGCUGUUCUGCCUUCAUAGCCAAAUGUAUUGGGGCUUUUGUAGUUGGAUGAAUGUGGGGGAUGAGGUUCAGCAAAGUUUGAACUGCUCACCCAACUCCUGCUAUCUUCCUUCAAAAAUCACCUAUUAUCCCAUAGUUAAAAUAGGAGUUGUAAAUCAGCACAAAACGGGGUAACAGCUGCUCCUCAGUUGGCUGGAAGCUGUUCGGUGGCCUGACAGGCAAAGAAUAAAUGGGUGAUGUGUCUCUGUUUAAAGGAAAAAAUGGCUCAGAAUCGGUCUCAUCCUCACUUCUGACUUUAUCCAGCAGACUCCAGCCCCAAAUGAUCAGGUCAGUCAAAAUUCAGUCCAUCAAUCCUCAAGAGAGGAACCCUCACCUGAAGAGAAGCCAUUUAGGGAUAGAAACCUAAUUAAGAGGAGCAUAGAAAACCUAAUUAAUUUUUCUAUGUAUCUUGGGAUUGGUAGGUAAUUUAGAGACUCGCCUUUUAUUUCUAAAGGCAUGCACAAACUCUGGCUUCCAUCUUUAUUUAUAUAUAUAUAUAUAUAGUUGGGAUAUUCCUAUUCCUAAAUCCACCAUUAUGUUUUCUCCAAGAGGGGUGACCCAAGAAUCACAGAUGUGAAAUACAUGCCCCCGGAAAUGGUCACUGGAAAUUAAUAUAAAUUGAGCCACGUGUAUUUCUCAGACUCGCUGUGCUCCCGUGGCCCGGCAGCACCACUACUUGAUAUGUGGAAGCAGCUCCCUCAUUCCCGCCAUCAGCUACCUCUCAUCUGUCCACCUUCAUCAUCGUGCUCCAGGGUCACCCUGGCCAGCUCUUGUGCUGGGACAGGGGAUUACACCGUCUCUGUUCAAAGAGGGGGAAAUGUGCCUAUGCCUUAAGUCAAUGCACUCAGCAAGGAGAAGCACAUCCUAUUUAUCUUGUUGUUACAACUGUAGUUUAUUUUGGGUGAUUGGAGGGUAAUGGUUUAGUCAUGAGUGGGCCUCUUAAAAGCUAGUAGACAAACCAAGUGGCUGACAGAAGUGGACUCUCAGGAGCCCAAAUGGAGGCGUAACCGGCUUAGACAGUCCCAGACACCAUUUGGCAAGCAGCGGCCCCACAACCCUAAAUGAGGUCGUAUUUAUAGGCCUGAAUGGCAUUUGUGUUUUCUUCAACAAGGUUUUAAUUUUUCUUCACAAGUGGGGGAAGAUUUGUCAUAGGAAAUGAAUAAGAGAUUUGAUAUUUUUGAGAGGACACUCAAGCAUCAGGCUGAGGUUUGCCUACAGAUGAUAUGAAAGCAAGCUGUGUGUCACUUAGUCACUUAGGAGAGGGGGGGACCAGAGAAGGGGAGGUUUCCUAGGCUGACCAGCGGCCCUGCUGGCUUCCAGACCCCAUACUCCCUCCCGUCACUCCUCCUCAGUAUCCCAUGUAGAAGAAUUGAGUUGUUCAAGGACAUAACUACUUAGUUUGUAGCAGUAAAGUCUAAAAAGGAAAACCCUAAGAAGGUAUCAAGUUGCUCUGGUUUGGUAUUAUUUAUAUCCUGUAGGAUCAUACUACCAGAAUCUGCAGGUACUACAUAUGGUGUUUUGCCAAAUAGGAGAGGCCCCCCCCUUGGCUACGAGGAACAUCUACCCCAUGUCACUGAGACAAACAGUAGUAGCUAUGAGGCCCUCCAUGGCUAAAUACCUCAACACAAAAUGUUUUUAAGCAGACAAACCAUCUUUGCAUUUUGCCAUCUCAAGUACAUAAUCUAUGGAUGACAAGAAAACAAAAGGUUCCCUGAACCUCUUUCCUCUGAUUUUGUUCUAAUCAUCAUAUGCAAGUCUGAGAUCAGCACCUUGGGGAUUUUAUGCCAAUAAAAAAGAAUGAUGUGAUCCCACUUGCAGAUGUUAAUCCUAAAGGUAAUCAGAUCACAAAUAGGAUAAAAAUAAUAAUAGCAAGCCAAGAAUAGAAAUCAAGCACCUAUGGGGAACAGACAUGAUAAAAAAAAUUCUGAUUUUCAUUUGUAUUAAGUGACUACAAUAUACCAGGUAAUAGGCAAGAAACUUGGCAUGGACUAAAUUAUGUAUUUCAGUUCAGACUACAGAAGUCAGUAAAAUGCAUUCAAAGUUCCUCAAUACCUUUUGUUCUCCCAACUUCCUCCAACUAGAAUAUUUGUCCAUGGUCAUGAGAGAAAGUUUUAAUUCUGGGGAAAAAAAACAUAUCUUUUACAUUAAAAUCCAAUAAACUUAAAAGUGAGGUUCUUUCUAAUCUCUAUAUAUAAUAUCUUCUAGACAAUCACACUCCAGUAUAUUAAACAGCAGGUGGCGUAAGAAAGAGUUCAAGUGAAUCAAUAUUCUAGAAGUUCUAGUAUGCUAAUAGUCUUAAGAAGAUUUUUAAAAAUUAAAAAGUGAUCUCCAAAUAUGUUUAGCACUCAGUUCUAUUUGUUAUCUGUUCAAUAAGUCAUAAAAGUUCAGUCUUAAGAAACUGCUAGCCUAUGACAAAGGCUUUCAAAAGCCCUUAUGGUGGCAUCUCUGUAGGUAGAAACUUGGUAUGAGGCUUUCUAAUUGUUCCUUUACCCAAGGGAUAGAUCUUAUAAACUUGAAUUGGCUUUAACUCCCUUUAGGUCAGUUUCCUUUGGAUGAUUUUCAUUGUAUAUCCAGCAACCAUAGACCAAAGAUUGCUUAAAGUUUAACUCUAGAGCAGGGGUCAGCAAACUGUGGUCCCUAGACCAAACCUGGCUCAUCACCAGUCUUUGUAAAUAAAGUUUUCUUGUAACACAGACACAUCCAUUCAUUUCCAUGUUGUCUGUGGCUGAUUUCAUUCUAUAACAACAAGAUUGGGUAACUGUGCCAGAGACCUCAUGGCCUGCAAAGCAUAAAAUACAAUUUGGACCUUUCCAGAAAAGGUUGCCGACCCCAACAUAGAGGUCAUUUGUCCUAUGUGUUGGGCACAGCUGGAAAGAAAGCAAACUCCACAGUAGCAUGGAGUCAUCCUACAUUUCUGUGUGUGCUUAGGAAUAUAAAUACUUGCCUAUAGAAAAAAGGUUAGCCUUAUGUUAUGCGUAAAAGUGAUCCACUUGUCUGAGAAAUGCAGGUUCACAGGAUUCUUUGCAAAAAGGAGGAUGGAAUCAGGAGAAGACUUAGUGCAAAAGGAAAGCCGUGAUCCUCCAAGAGUUUUUUUUUUAGGACCCUUAAUAGAGAGGUGGUUCCUCGGGUCAGUAUCUUAGAGGGCCAGAAGAGAAGCAAAGGUCUUAUGAUUUAAAUUUAGAAUCUUUCUCCUGAAGGGACCGUUUCUGCAAUGUCAUAGGUUUUCUACCUCACCAGCACAUAUUCCAGAAAGAUGCUCAUUCCAUGGUCCUCCAGAGAAUAUUUUUGACCUAACAGGCCCUGUGGACAUCCAUCAACUCAGUUAUUUACACCUCCAGUGCAUUCUCCAUCCCUAUGUCCCCACCUGGCCUGAAGGGUUUGUAGGACAAUAAUAUUGGAAGAAUAAUAAAUAUUGGGGGGUGGGGAGAAAUACUGGAAGCAGCAUCUUAAAAUAUGUAGGAAGAAAAAAUACAGUAAACGUCUUUCAUGAAGGUGUUUAGUGGGGAAACCAGAUCAAUGCCAGUUUGAUUUUGUUUCCAAUAAUUUGGAUCUUUGUUCUAUGGUAUAGCAGGAAUGCAAAAAAAAAAAAAAAAAAGAAGACCUAUUUUGAAUUCCAACAUCUCUGCCUCUGUGUCAUAAGGCAAGUGCCUACCAGAGAUUUGUCCCUUCAGUCAACAACCCUACUGCUAAAUCCGUACUUGUAUCCAAUAUUAUUAAAACAGCAUCAAUAACAAACAAGUCUUUGUAAGCAUGAGUGUUCGUGUCAGAAAAGAUUUUUUUUUAAUGACCACCACCAUUUACCAGACCCUAAUCAACGUCACUUAAAGAGCCCUUUUGCAUUUUAUCUGGAUUCAACCAAAAGGAUUAAAUUGGCAACACUGCCAUCCACAGAAGCAGCUACAAUGAGAGUAUCUUGCUUUUGUUGAUUUUAGGCAAAAGGUAGCAUGAUGUUUGGACCACAGAGGUGAACAGAUCCCUGUAAGCACCUGAUCCUUAUUUUUUAAGGCUCUGUGAAAGGUGAGAAUCUCACUUAAGUAAGUUGUAAACAAGACAAGACCGUUCGCUCUCUUUCUCCUGCACCAGGAAAUCUUAGGCACAAAAAGGAUAACGAAGCAGUUCCUGGAAUGAUACAUUUGCAUGGUGGCCCAGUAGCUGGUGGGGCGAAAAGUUAUAAUAAAAGAAACAACCUUAGAAAACACGCCUUUUAUCUCAAAGAUAAAAAUGUCUCUCUUUUGGUCUCUCAUCACUUUCUCAGGGGAAGGUUCCCUCACUUCCAACAUAUUUCCAUUAAAAUAGUCAAAACCACUGCAUUGGGUAGAGAUGCAUCUCUUUAUUUGUGGCAAUCUGAAUUUAAAAUUAUACAGUUGCCUCUGAAUUUCUCAUUCACAAAGCUAAACCCACUGACGAGACAAAGCAGUCUGAAGCCUGCUGCUUCAGCCAGCACACCACACCACAUACAUUAGCACUUUCAAAAGCAACGUGAUUUCCAGAGUUCUUAAAAGCUUUCUUCAUAAUGGAGUCUUUGAAAUUUCUCAAGGCAGGGCUGAAUGGCAAAGGAAAAAUCACUAUUUGUGGGAGGUCCUUGUUUUGAGUAUUGUUAGACAUGUCAACAUGUCUCUUAGGGCACAAGUGUGAAAGAAAAAUCUCCAGUUUAGGGUGACCCAAGCUCACAUAUACUAUUUGCUUUGGUUUUACCUGCCCGCCCCCCCGCAAUACACACACACACACACACACACACACGCACGCACGCACGCACGCACACACACACUUCCUGUUACAGAUCCUGACAGAGUAGGAAAUUAGCAUCUUCCUUUGAGGAAAGAGAGCAAUUUCAGAAUGCUGGGCCCUUUGAUGCCGUAGGUGGUGUGAUGUCCUAACAGUAUUGACGGUACCAAAUCCAUCACUAAACAGUCUCCGCAGUCCAACAUCAAUGCUCACUGCUCCUCCUCCAUCACAGCUCAGCAAGUGCUAAUAGCAGUUCCACGUCUGUGAGUUUGGCAAUUGGACUAGAACAAAGGAGAACCUGCUGUAGGCAAAGAGUAUAUUUAGAGUCCAAAUCCACCUGUCUAUAGAAUAGGAAGCCAGAGUAGCCCAAAAUGCCCCGUUAGGCAUGUAGACACCCUCAGUAGCAAAUGAGGGGGGUUGGUUUCAUCACUGAGCACUAGCUGAGGUCAGAUAAAUACAGCAAGCAUGAAGAAGGAAACAUCUGUUUUACCUCAAAGUUACUCUUUAUGUACUAGGAUAGUAGUCCCCCUACUGCCAAUGUCUUCACAGCCUCCUACAUUUGGGUUAUGUUGGUGGAAUCAGAAUUAGCUCAGACUUCAUCAUGUGAGAAAUUCCCAGCUGAUCGGUUAGGUUACAUAGGAGCAGUAUAGCAAAGGAGUGUCCUAAGGCAGGAGGAUGGUAUUUGUUGACAAGGAAGAUGUUGGUGUAUUAGUUCCCAUAUUCAUCCAAUUCAGGAGAUUCUAAAUUUCGGGGUUAUAGGUUCUUUUGAGAAUCUGAGCAAAGUUCUCAACCUUCUCCCCAAGAAUCACACCCACAAAAUUUUACAUAAAAUCAAAGCAAUUUUCUUGAACCUGAAGCCUACUUUAAGAUAUGGCAAAAGUUGGAUUCUAUUCUCCAAUAAUAAUUUUUAACUGAUUUUCGUUAAGCACUAUAUGCUAGGCAUUAUGCUGUUUUAUAUGCAUUCACUUAUUUCACCCUCAACACAAUCCUUUGAGUUAAAUUCUAUUAUAUUUCCAAUUUACAGAUGUGGAAACUGAGGUUUAAAGAGAUUAGGAAACUUGCCCAAAGCCACUAGCUAGACAACGGCAGAGCUAGAAUGUGGGUCUAACUCCAACCCACUAUGCAGUGAAGUCACCAACAGGUCAAACUCUUUUUCAAGCUGUUGAGAAGUGUCUCCUACCAGCUUUGAGACUAGACCUUCUUGGGUCAAUGAGGCUAUAAAACUUUUAUGUCCCUUCUCUUUAUAGUCUCUCAUCCAUGACAGCAUCUAGUACUAAAGUAGAGAUACCUGCAGUGAAAAUAUAAGUGAUCUGUCUGAACAAUAGAAUCUGGAACCAGAAAAAAAAAUUUGUUUGUGUGCGAUCCUUGUUAAGUCAGACUUCUUGUCCUUACAGAUUGAAAGAUGCCUGGGUUGUCAGCCUUACAUUUAAGAGAAAAUUGUAAUACUCAGUGAUAUAUAGGCAUGCACUAAACAAGUCAGCAUUUCUGCACACAUACAUCUCCUUCUCCUAUUCCUCACUUCAAAAGACAAAUAUUUUAGGUGAGGCCUUGGUUAUCAUAUUUCCUGACCUUUACUUGUAGCAAAACUUACAGGAAGAAUCAAGUAUAAGGGAGCUCCGUCUCUGUUGUUGUCCCUAUUUCCCUUUAAGAAGAUAGGACCAGCAAGAACUCAGCAUUAUGCAUUCAGUACCCAAGCUGGCCACUUCGGCUCUAAUAAUAGCUUGAGAACCAUACCCCAUACUUUGUCAAUCAUCACUAAUGGGCCAUACCCCUCUCCAUGAGCAGAAAUUCUUGCCAAAGCACUCAGGCCAUCACUACCAAUUGAUUGGGAUAGGAAAUGAGACCCAUGUGCCAAUUCUUGUCUAAAUAGUUUAACCUUGAACCUAUACAUUUUAACUGGUGUCCUAGAUUCAGCAAUGAGGUUGGUGGCAUUCCAGCAACUAAAGGAGAAGAUGAGUACAUCUGAAGUUCCUUACAACUUGGUGGCUUUGGAGCACUUUCAUCUUCUGAGCAAAGGGACUAGGGUUUGAUAUGUAGGAGUUAAAGGACCUAAAAUCAUUUUGAAGAAUUAACUCAGCCAGGGACCAUCUGAACAGGUUAUAAAGCAGUGUGCCUGUGUUAAGGUCCCAGUGUCAUUGUGCCCCCACGCAGAGCUCAGAGACCACAGCCGCAAAGAGACUGGGGUUCAUCCUGCUUUUCUUGCUUGCUCAGCAGCACAUAUGUGAUCCACUGGGGGCUUGGAGAUAGAGCUUCCCACUGUACCCCAACAGACAACAGCCCCAGUGCCAGCCGUGGUCCUGUAAUACUCCUCUGGCUCAACCACCCUAUAAAACCUGAGUAAAGGCAUGAGCUCAAAAAUGUCAAAACCCUGUUUUAGGGUAAGUCAUUCAGGAAUUUUCUUUUACUGGUGUUAUGUGUCCAAUUGGCAAAUCGGAAAAGGGUACCCUUAAUGAGUCUCAUGGAACAAACAUCACCAGAGCCAGAAAUCAGGUUCUCUGGUAAGAAGGGGAGAUGUAAGCAAAGUAAAGGGAAGAGUUGGCACACCUGAAUUAGAGGUGGACACAAAAUUAACCCAAUUUGUAUCCAGUGUUUUGGUAAGUAGGGGGAUGGAGUUUUUAUGUAUUAGCCACAUCCUCAGUCAAGUUUCUCCCUUUUUGAGGACACAAAGAAGGAGAAGCACAUCCCUUAAGGAGGGCACGUUUUAAAAGGCAAAGGUAGAGGACAUCCAUCAUUGUGCUGGCUAGAUACACUCCUGGAGAAGCCAGAUUCUGGUGCUUUUAACAGAAAAGAUGAGGUCAUAGAAGUCCCAUUUGCUUGGAGAUUUUGAAAAAGGAACCCCAUUCCCAUAAAGCAAUUGAGUUCAGGCUUUGGGUUAUUUGUGGGUUUAUUUUUCUCUGGGUUUGGGUGUGAUGUAAGAGGAAGAGCUUUUUAGUUUUGUUUUAAGUAACAUCAAUCCUUGCACACUCUAUGCAAAAAUUUUGUAAGCAUUGCAAUAAUGCUAUGAACUACAAGGAACUAUUUUAACUUUAUUACACUUUCUGUAUAAAAAAUUUGUAUUUAAUAUUAUUUCAACUGCAGUCUUGUAAAAUAUAUUAAUAAAAAUAAUGAUUGGUAAGAAGGAAAGCACCCUUGUCCACUUCUUUAGGGAAUUCCUCUUUCACAGUUGGUAAGUCAGUCACUCCUAUUGACUCUACCUCAGAAAUAAAUUUUCAAAUUAACUUCUCUUCCACAUUUCUUUCAUCAGUGGCCUGACAUGGCUCCCCGGAAGAGAUUCACACAAGCUGCCUCAUAAAAGAGAGCUUAUUGUAAG